UCUCCCAGAGCAUGACUCACAUCCUGGAGUGUGUUCUGUGUGCAGGAGACCACCCGUGCCUGUCAGGAGUACAGGCAGGAUGGGGAAGCAGAACAGCAAGCUGGCCCCCGAGGUCAUGGAGGACCUGGUGAAGAGCACGGAGUUCAAUGAGCACGAGCUCAAGCAGUGGUACAAAGGCUUCCUCAAGGACUGUCCGAGUGGGAGGCUGAACCUCGAGGAAUUCCAGCAACUCUACGUGAAGUUCUUCCCCUAUGGAGAUGCCUCCAAGUUUGCACAGCAUGCCUUCCGUACCUUCGACAAGAAUGGCGACGGCACCAUUGACUUCCGAGAGUUCAUCUGCGCCCUGUCCAUCACCUCCAGGGGCAGCUUUGAGCAGAAGCUCAACUGGGCCUUCAACAUGUAUGACCUCGACGGCGAUGGGAAGAUCACUCGGGUGGAGAUGCUGGAGAUCAUUGAGGCUAUCUACAAAAUGGUGGGCACUGUGAUCAUGAUGAAAAUGAAUGAGGACGGCCUCACGCCUGAGCAGCGAGUGGACAAGAUUUUCAGCAAGAUGGAUAAGAACAAAGAUGACCAGAUUACACUGGAUGAGUUCAAAGAAGCUGCAAAGAGCGAUCCUUCCAUUGUAUUACUCCUGCAAUGCGACAUUCAGAAAUGAGCCAAUGCCAACAGUAUGGACUGCACCAGUCUCAACGUUCCACUCAGUCUGCAGCACACACACACGCACACACACACACAAAUACAAACACACACAUACACAUUGCUUGGACUACCUAUCAAUGGACUUGCUUCUUGUGUUUGAAACACUGUGUGCAUGAGAAUGUCAUUUGCUAAUGAAUUUUAAAAGCAUAUAUUAUAUAAAACCUGCCACAAUGUGAUAUGUGUAGUAUCAUUUCAUGAAAAAUAAUCCUCCAAAGUCUGGCAGAAAUGUACUACAAAGUUACAUGAUCUCUGUACCUGUUUUGCUAAUGCUGUACCUGACCACAUGAGAAUAGCACUGAACCCCUCGGUGAUGUAACUUAAUCCUGAGCUGUGUCGCUAUCUGUACAGUAGUACUGGCCAGGCCCAUACUGCAGCCCCUGGCUUCUGUCCGUCCACACACAAGCUUGUAUUACCAGUAAGUAUAAAUGUACUACAUCUGCAUGCCUUUGGGUUUGCCUUAAUUCUUACCUCACUUGCAUCCUACCAAUCUGGAAAGAGCUGUUUUUGAUGAAUGCAGUAUAAAAAAUCCUGCUAAAUGAUUACUUCAUUAAGUAUAUCUAUCUACAUAUACAGAGAUAUUAUUUAUUAAAAGUAAAAAGAUGGAAAUGUAUUGUUUUCGCUUGAGUUUUCAAAGGCUUCCAAAAAGGUGUCAAUAGAUAUCUCAAAUAAAUUUAUAACAUUUGAUUUUCCUCCCAAAUUUUUAUUUUAUAAUUAUAAAAUUG